GUAAACAGCUUACGAACGACUUUCGAUUACAAAAUACACAAUGAGCUUAGAAGAGGCAGUCAAACAUUGACAUGCACAGAACCACCAUACUUACUUAAAAUGCCUGCCAAAAACAAAUGGCCGUCAAUUAUGGCAGUAAUCGGCGAUGAACAAUUUUUUAUAUACUAUUAAAAAAGCCAUAGAGUGCUAAUGUUUUAGUGAUUUUUAGAUUUUAUUGGUGCAUAUUAUACAAUUAGUUCGACAUUAUUAGUAUUUGUCUAUAUAUAAAAUAAAUACGACUAAAAAUAACCUUGUCGCUAUUUCAUAACACUCUAUCAAAUCAAAUUACUAAAUUGUUGGUUGUUGAUUACCAUAAUGUUCGUUCCACGUGAUGUAUUUAUUUUGGGAUUGUCAAUUUACUAGUGACGAUAGUUUAUCUGUUCUCGUCCAUAAACAUGUUUAUACUAUAGAUUGAAAUUAUGAAAAAUUAGCGACCAUGCGUUCAAUGAGUGUAAGGCCAAAAGUACUUUCUGACAAUGGAGUACUUUCAUAGGAUUUUUCUGAUACUAUUCAUAUUUAACAAUGUAAUCGCAGAUAAUAUUGAAUCUUGCGACAGCACCAUAUAUUGUCAAGGAAAAUUACUCCACACGAUUCAAAUGGCACGACUCUUUUCCGAUUCGAAAACAUUCGUAGAUAUGAGUCAAAAAAAUCCACCAGACGUAACAAUGCAGAACUUCAAUAACCUAAUGAAAGCAAAAAAUGAUAAUCCAUCUAAAGAUGAUUUAGUCCAAUUUGUGAAAGAAAAUUUCGAUAGUGCUGGGGAGCUAGUCGAAUGGACACCCCCUGACUUUAAUAAAAACCCGGCGUUUAUAGAAAGAAUUGAAAAUGAGAGAGUCAAAAAAUUUGCGCAGAAUUUAGUCAACAUUUGGCCUAAGCUUGCACGAAGAGUCAGCGAUUCUGUGAGGGAUCAUCCAGAUCAACACUCUUUGAUAUACCUGCCUAACGGUUUUAUUAUACCUGGAGGAAGAUUUAAAGAAAUAUAUUACUGGGAUAGUUAUUGGAUAUUAGAAGGUUUGCUCAUCAGUGAAAUGACCGAAUCUGUAAGAGGAAUUUUAGAAAAUUUCUUAUCCAUAGUAGAAAAAUUUGGAUUUAUACCGAACGGAAGUAGAGUUUACUAUUUGAACAGAUCUCAGCCUCCACUUCUAGCCAGUAUGGUUGGCAAAUAUAUAGACUAUAGUAAUAAUAAAACUUGGUUAGAAUCCCAUGUUGAUACUAUCGAAAAAGAAAUGAAUUGGUGGUGGGCUGAAAGAAGAGUCUCAGUCUCUAAAGGUGGUAAAACUUACGAUAUGUUUAUGUACAAAGUUAAAAGUAAUACUCCCAGACCGGAAUCGUAUUACGAAGAUGUAUUCACUUGUCAGAAUUUUACAGAAGUGGAAAAGCAAACAUGUUACAGAAACCUUAAAAGUGGUGCUGAAAGUGGUUGGGACUAUUCGACGCGAUGGCUUUUCAAUGAUGAUAGAUCUCCAAGUAGCAAUCUAUCUCAAAUAGAUAUACUACAUGUUAUACCAGUAGAUUUGAAUGCCAUUAUAUGCAAAUCGUUUGAAGAACUUUCCCGUUUCUAUCAAUUGAUCGGUAAUAACGACAAAUCGUCAAAAUGGUCCGAAAAACAAAAUGCUUUAAAAGAAGCCAUUCAUGACGUACAUUAUAAUGAAGAGGAUGGAAUUUGGUACGAUUACGAUUUAGCUAAUUCCAAACAGAACAAAGUAUUUUACCCCAGUAAUUUUGCGCCUCUUUGGAGUGAUGCAUUCGAUACGUCGAAGAAGGAAGUAUUUGGAGUUAGGGCGGCUCAGUAUUAUAAAGAUAAUAAAGUUCAAAAAUACCCCGGUGGCAUACCAACAUCACUUAUUAACAGUGGGCAACAAUGGGAUUUGCCCAAUGCUUGGCCUCCUCUACAGGAAUUUAUUGUUCUAGGUUUGAAAAAAAGUGGUUCAAGAAAAGCUGAAAGAUUGGCUAGAUCUCAAGGAACCAAAGUACUUGAAGCGUAUAUGACAGGUUUUGAAUCAACUAAUGAUAUGUACGAAAAAUAUGAUGCUUAUAACGUUGGAGGGUAUGGUGGCGGUGGUGAGUAUGUAGUUCAAUCAGGUUUUGGUUGGUCCAAUGGUGAAGCUCUUGCUUUGAUUAAUGAAUUUUACCUAAAACCAGUUAAAAAGCAGAAAAUAUCUUCUCAUCUACGUCAUAGGCAUAACAAAAUGAAUGAAGAUCAUCAGUAGAAGUAUGUAUUGUUUUUUCCGUUUAAUAUUGUAAUAUAAGAGAUUUUUAAUUUU